ACCCUUCCCGUUACAGAUGCCUGUCGAGAUAACCCGCAUGGUCGAGAGCGACAUAGAUGGCGCUGUUGACUGCAUUCAAAAGGCAUUCGCAGAAGAUCCCUACUUCGCUUGGGUAUUCCCUGAAAAUUUUUGUCCAGUACGAAAUCGCGUCUCGCUCGGUAUCCGCUGUAGAUGGGGUCUUGAGCACGCUCUGUUUUACGUAGCAAAAGACCCUUCAUCUCCUACUCCUUCGCGCGUCCUCGGUGUUGCCUGUUGGCUACCUCCCGCCAGUUCUUCUGCUCCACAAUCUUGGAAGAGCUGGUUUGGAGAUUGGACGCUGUGGUUGAACCAGCUCUGGAUGAAUUCUGUGUAUGGCAGAGGCGGUCUGAACGUACGCCGCUACUAUAUCUGGUUUGUGGUUUCGCGAGAAUGCGACGCCCAGCGUCAGCUCUGGACAGAUGACCAAGGUUACUACUUUUGUAAUAUCGUGACAGUGCUUCCGGAGUGCCAAGGUAUGAAGAUAGGAAAGGGACUUUUUGAAGAGGUAUUGCGUCAAGCAGAUGCCGAAGGGCGGAAGUGUUAUCUCGAGAGUUCGCGAGCGGUGCCCAACAUGGCUAUAUACCAAAAGAUGGGGUUCGAGUUGGCAAAGGAGAUGAUUUGUGACGACCAGGGGACUGCCAUCACUCUUUACUGUAUGAUGAGGGAUCACCGGCCUCAA